CAGUAACAUAUGAGUGUUCAGAAGCUUCUAUUCAUAUAUCGUGGUAAUAGGUAAAAUUACUAGGAUUAAGGUUGCCUGCGAUCGUUAACGCGAAAAGGUUUUUAUCUCCGAUAGGGCGAUGGGAAGAGAAAAAGGAAAAGCUAAAAAUGUGGAAGAUGGACAAGGGUGCCGUCAAGUUCUUGGUGACAUUGGUAAUUUGGAGGUGCCUAGAAUCACUGAAGGGAAACUCAUUUCAAAGCCAUUUACAAGAAACUUACAUACAAAACUGUCGGAAAAUGAGCUAUCUCAAGAAGAUCCGGUACUGGUGUUAGACGUUCAUGUUAAUGAGCAGGGAGCUGCACAAGGGAACAAAAGCGUUAUUGUACCUACUCUAGACAAAGAAGCAAUUGUUCACCAGGAACAUGGUGCCGAAGAUUUCUUUCGCAAACCAAAUCUUGAGCCUGUAGCUAUGGCUAGUUCUGAAGCUGGAGAAAGGGAAGCUUCUGGAGUUUUGAUUGAAGCUGAGUAUGAACCUUUUUACAUUGAUGUAAAUGAUCCUCAUGAAGUGGCAGUAGCUGAAUACUUUGACGACAUAUACAGAUUCCUUAAGCUUGCUGAACUGGAGACUGGGUUUCGAGCUUCAGAUUACAUGAAUUCACAACAUGAUAUUAAUGAGAUUAUGAGAUCAAUUGUGGUGGACUUUUUGGUUGAUGCCCACAUGAGAUUUCAUUUAGUGCCUGAAACCCUCUUUCUCACGGUAAACAUAUUUGAUCGAUACCUAUCAUCAACAAUCGUGCCUAAGGAAGAAAUACUGUUGUUAAGCAUAAGCUCAAUGCUCAUAGCUUGCAAAUACGAAGAGAUGUGGACCACUCCUAAGGUUAGCGACUUCAUUAGCAUAACAGACAAUGCUUACUCAAGAAACCAAAUACUUUCCAUGGAGAAAGACAUUCUGAUGAAGUUAGAAUGGAAAUUAAGUGUCCCCACCUCGUAUGUAUUCAUAGUCACAUACAUCAGAGCUUUUAAUCUACCAGAUAAACAGAUGGAGAACAUGGUAUUUUUCUUAGCGGAACUUGGACUUGCGAACUACCGAACCGCAAUUUCGCUCCUACCUUCAAUGCUUGCCGCAGCAGCAGUUUAUGCUGCUCGGUUUACACUUAAUAGAAAUCCCAUAUGGAACGAAAUCCUGAAGAAUAGGGCUGGCUACACCACACAAAAAAUAAGAGACUGUGCGAAGCUUCUAGUUAGGUUACUCUCAAAUGCUCCAAACAGUAACACAAACACACUGUAUCAGAAAUUUUGCAGCAUUGACAGAGGAGGCGUAGCGUAUUUAACUCCGCCGAACGAUUUUGAAACACAUUUGUAAAUCAUUCAUUAAUCUUUGACAUGA